AUGAACAAGGCGCAGCUGGGAUACGGCUCUACCAUUGUCAGGUCUGGGACGCAAAGAUACAUCGAGAUAGAACGGGACGGCCGACCAGAGCGACUCAUUCUUGAUAAAGUCAUAUUCCGCCAAGCGUGCAUUGCUGGUCGAGCAACCACCUGUUGGAAAGCACACCGUGCUGUAGAGGAGGGCGAUGAUAAAAGGACCUUUGUGAUCAAGGAUGCUUGGCACUUCCCCGAACGGACAGAAGAAGGGCUGAUGCUGAAGGAGGCAAGCAUGAAAGGGGUGGAAAACUUGGCGGAUUACUAUCAUCACGAAACCGUCAAAGUAGGGAGCGUUCUGGAUGAUAUUCGCGGCAAUGUCCGGAGGGGCCUCGACAUAACGGCAGCAGUCGUAUCGUUACCGGCGGAUUCAGAAAAGUCUUCGCCAACCACGUCAGUGCAGGGAUCGAGCUCGAAUUAUCCAAUCCCCGGCCAACGGGAAACUCCAGCAGGUGGGAGUCGGCGGUCGUCACAGUCCACGCAGACGUCCCGCAACAUCGAACCCGAGAACCGUGUUCAUCAAAGGCUGGUCACGCAGAGCUACGGCAAGCCCAUCUACCAAGCUAGUUCCCUUGGAGCAUUACUCGCUGGUCUAGAAGGCUGCAUCAACGGACACGAGACUCUACGCCGCCAGGCCGGGCUCCUGCAUCGAGACAUCUCCAUCAACAAUCUCAUGAUCAACGAGGAGGAAGACGCGCCCUCACGGCGCGCUUUCUUGAUCGACCUCGACCUUGCCAUACAAGAAGCACGGACCAGCGCCUCAGGGGCGGAGAAGAAGACCGGG